AUGACGUGCAGCAGGCAAUUCUUCUUCCUUAGUUAUCCGCCCAUCCUGGCUGUGGCGGCUUCCUUGAUUGCGAACUCCUACGUCCGCCUCAUGGUGGUGGAGCGGACGCUCUUUGGCCAGCUCCUUCCUGCCUACGCUGUGGCCCAUGGAUCGCGCUUCCGUGUGAAGGACCUGUCUUUGGUACUCAACGCCUACGCCAAGGCGGCUCCGCCACGAAUGACAGCUCAGCUGCGAAGCACCGCCGUGUUCGCUGCUAAGCCGCAAGAGUUUCUGCGGGUGAACUAUGGGAACUGCAAAAAUGGCUUCCUAGUCCAGGAGGCCCUGGCCCUGCGCUGCCGGGAACAGGCCAAGCACAUGGAUUGCCAGGCGAUGAGCGUCAUCGCAGCAGCCCAUGCAAAGCUGUUGAUUGUUGACGAGCCUCUCUUCCAGACCUUGGCGUGGCGAUUGCGCAGCUGCGCACGGACCUGUACAUUUCAGGCGGCGGCAAAUCUAGCCCACGCCUUCGCCAAGUUCGGUUUCUCGAGCCCUGCAAUGCCACAGGAUUCCUCGAACCAGGCAUCCGAGAUCCGCGGAUCCGUGCCCGUGACGGAUGUCGUCUUUGACGCCGUCGCCGAGGAGCUGCCGAGGCUCCUGGCCGAGCCCAACGCCCAGAGCACGGUGCUGCUCUGCCACUCAGUAGCCCGGGCAG